AUGAGAAAGGUUAUUAUUGUUGAUGGGACAUUUCUGAGUGGCAGGUAUGUAGGCUGUUUAUUGUUUGCUGUGGCACAAGAUACAGAGAAUCACAUUUUUCCAAUUGCGUUCUGUAUAAUCGAUAAAGCGUGCGAUGAUUCUUGGACCUACUUUUUUGAACAAUUGUGGCACAUUGUUGACGAUAGUGAUGAAUUGUGCAUUAUCUCUGAUCAGCAUCUGUCUAUUGGGAAUGGCUGCAAAAAAGUUUCUACCGCCGCUCAUCAUGAUUUUUGCACGCAUCACAUUGCUGAAAAUAUGCGCAAGAGGUUUCAUUGUGAUAUUUUUAUUAAGUAUUUCUUUUCUGCCGCACAGUCAUAUAGUACUGAGGAAUUCUUUGAACAUUUUCAACAAUUGCGUGAUAAAAGCAGGGAAGUAGCUAACUGCCUCGCGAAUGAAAUUGGGUUCCAAAAGUUGAACAGGGCCUUAUUUACAGGAAACCGAUACGGCAUGUUGACAACAAACAUUGCAGAAUCAUUUAACGCAAUGCUUAAGGACCAAAGAAACUUUCUGAUCAUUGGCCUGUUCAAUCAUAUUAUUCGAAAGUUUGUAAACAAAUUCGAGGAGCAGCGUAAAGAAAUGAAAAAUAUUUUGACCUUCUUUGUUCCUUCUGCUGAAAAGAAAAUUAGGAAUAAUAUGGUUAUCGACGAUGCGCUCCAGGUGCAUCAAUUAGAGAAUAACCAGUUUAGCGUCGUCGGGCACGGCAGGGAUGCAAUAGUUGAUCUGGAUUUGAACACAUGUUCUUGUUGUCAGUUUUAUUUGAAAAAAAUACCCUGCCCACAUGCAAUCACAGCUCUGAGAUUGAGCUUUGGGGAUGGAUAUGGUUCCUCCAUUUACUAUCACUCCUCUUCAUUCUAUAAGGUUUUAACAUAUUUGGCUGCAUAUGAUGGAACCAUUGUCGAGCCUACAGAAGAAAAAUAG